AUGGCCGUGAAUUCCUGUCUAGUACCGAUAUUAAUCUGUGACGGAUGGGAUAUUUACACGAUUGAAGGCUUAGGUAACAAGAGAGAUGGUUAUCACACGAUUCAAGCAACGCUUGCUGACAAAAAUGGUUCUCAAUGUGGAUAUUGCUCUCCUGGCAUGGUGAUGAAUCUAUAUGGUCUCAUUCAUGACGAAAAGUUGUCUAUGCAGCAAAUCGAAAAUUCAUUUGGUGGUAAUAUUUGUCGAUGUACUGGAUAUCGUUCGAUUUUGGAUGCGUUCAAGGGAUUUGCCAAUGAUGCACCGCCAUCAAUGAUGAAAAACAUCAGCGACAUUGAGGUGCCGAUUACUUCACAGGAAUUGUACAAAAUUAAAGCUUGCCCGAAAUACGGAGUGUCACGUGCAGAUAGUCGCUGCGACAAGCAACUGUUCCGUGGAAACAUAUUAUAUAUAAAGUUAGAAGACGCAGAAUUUUAUAAAGUUUACUCAAUCAGAGAUGUAUUUGAAAUAUUUCAACGAAAUUCGAGAGCUACUUAUAUAUUAAAUGGAGGAAAUACUGCGUAUGGUGUUUAUCGUUCGAGUAAAAAAGAUAUCUGUAUCGAUAUAAACGACAUUCCAGACUUACGUAAUAUUCAAAUUACCAAGGACUAUCUGGUCCUAGGAGGAAAUGUGACCAUUACCAUGGCGAUACAGACAUUUCAAAAAUAUUCAACCGAACCCAAUUUUAAAUAUCUAAGUCAAUUGGCCGAGCAUGUAGAAAAGAUCGCAAACGUACCCGUGCGAAAUAUUGGUAGCAUCGCCGGCAACUUAAUGAUUAAGCACGCGCAUAAUGAGUUCCCAUCUGAUAUGUUUUUGGUAUUAGAGACCAUCGGUGCUAAAAUACAUGUCCUAGAAUCACCAAGUAGAAAGCAAAGUAUGCACCUUAUCGAAUUUCUGAAGCUCGAUAUGCAUCAUAAAAUCAUCUACAGUGUUGUAUUACCACCGUUAUCCAACGAUUAUGAAUUUAGAUCCUACAAGAUCAUGCCUAGAGCCCAGAACGCUCAUGCUCACGUCAACGCCGGCUUUCUCUUCAAACUCGAUGGCGGUGGCAAAGUAUUGGAAGAACCUAACAUCAUCUAUGGUGGCAUCAAUAAACAGUUCUUGCACGCAACAAAGACACAGCAACAACUGGUGGGUAAAUCUAUCCUUGAUGAUGACGUACUGAAGGCAGCCUUGAGUACACUGCAUGACGAACUGCAACCUGACCAUGUGCUUCCGGACUAUUCACCGGAAUUCCGCAGAAAUCUUGCCGAAGGAUUAUUUUACAAGUUUGUGUUAAGCAUCAAACCAGAGAUCGUAAAUACCAGACUUCGUAGCGGAGGCUCUUUGUUAGAACGAACUCUAUCAUCAGGUACGCAGGACUACGAUACAAAUAGGGACAUAUGGCCAGUGAAUAAGCCCAUAACGAAGUUAGAAGCCAUUAAGCAAACAUCAGGUGAAGCCCAAUAUUGCAAUGAUCUGCCUCCAUUUCCUAGAGAAGUAUUUUGCGCUUUCGUCCUCACCGAAAUUGGUAAUGGCAAGAUCGAGAAUAUAGAUGCAAACAAGGCGCUUAAAAUGAAGGGUGUAGUGGCGUUCUUCAGCGCCAAGGACAUACCGGGAAAAAAUUUAUGCAUUGCAGCCGUUAGUGAGUUGUUGUUCAUAUCAGAGGAUGAGUUGCUGUUUGCUGAAAAUGAUGUUUUGUAUGCUGGCCAACCGGUAGGUGUAAUUGUCGCGGAGACGCAAUAUUUGGCAAAUGAGGCCGCGAAAUUGGUGAAAAUUACAUAUAGCGAAUCUUUGAGAACGAAACCGGUGAUAAGCAUCGAGGAUGCAAUUGCCACGCAGGACGAGACUAGAAUCAGGCACAACGCCAACAUCCCGGCAAAAAAUAUAGGAAAAAAUACUGAACAAGUAAUAAAGGGCGUUUUUCAUUGCGGCAGUCAGUAUCAUUACACCAUGGAAACUCAGUCUUGCGUGUGCGUUCCUGUGGAGGAUGGAAUGGACGUCUAUCCAUCAUCGCAAUGGAUGGAUCUCAUUCAAAUAUCGAUCGCGAAUUGUCUUGAUGUUCUGAAUAAUAGCAUCAAUGUGUACAUCAGACGAGUUGGUGGUGCAUACGGAUCGAGAAUUUCACGCAACGCGCAAAUUUCGUGUGCUUGUGCAUUGGUAUGUUACAAAUUGAAUCGUCCAGCACGAUUCGUUUUGACGAUAGAGAGCAAUAUGCAAUCGGUAGGCAAGAGAUAUUCUACGCGCCAAGAAUAUGAAAUUGGGGUGAACAAUGACGGAGUUAUUCAGUACCUCAACUCAAAACAUUGGAGCAACUGCGGUUUCAGUUUCAAUGAAUCACAAUCUGCCAGUGUGGUUGACAGCAUGAAAAGUUGUUCCUAUGCGACCGAUUUUUGGACGUUCAAUGGAUUUGACGUACGAACCGAUAUACCGUCAAAUACGUUUUGUCGGGCACCAUUCAAUACGGAAGCAGUGGCUAUGAUCGAGAAUAUAAUGGAGCACAUAGCGAGAGUGACGAAAAAGGAUCCGGUAGAGGUCAGAUUGUCGAAUAUGAAUGAUGUAGAUAAAACCGUAUUAGAAACUAUGAUAAAGGAUUUGUCGAAGUCGGCAGAUUAUGAGAUGCGAAAACGAGCCGUUGAAAUCUUUAAUACUCAGAAUCGUUGGAAGAAGAAGGGAAUUGCCACAGUAAUAAUGAAAUUUGUGGCAAUUUAUUUGGGGCAAUUCAAUGCAAUGGUAUCUAUUUGCGCUCGUGACGGUUCGGUUUGCGUGACGCAUGGCGGAAUUGAGGUCGGUCAAGGGAUAAAUACCAAGAUUGCUCAAAUGACAGCUCGCACAUUAGGGAUCGAUCUGGAAUUAAUCUCCGUUAAAAAAAGUAAUAAUUUAACAACACCCAAUAAUGUGAAUACAGGAGGCGAUAUUACUACACAGUCCUGCGGAUACGCAACAAUUCAAGCCUGCAAAGAGAUUUUGAAGAGACUUGAACCGAUAAGAAAUGAAAUGACAAAUCCGACGUGGAAGGAUCUCGUUUUCACAGCAUUUAAAAAAGACGUUGAUUUAUGCGCACGUUACAUGGUGGCAACCGGGCCAACAAAAGAUGAGAUAAAGCCUUACAACAUUUAUGGUGUCACCAUUGCCGAAGUAGAGAUCGAUGUAUUGACCGGCGAGCAUAUUAUCAGAAGAGUUGAUUUGAUGGAAGAUGCUGGUGUAAGCCUAAAUCCGGAAAUCGACGUCGGUCAGGUGGAGGGAGCUUUCGUGAUGGGAAUAGGAUAUUGGACUUCUGAGGAUCUGGUGUACGAUCCUAAAACAGGAGUAUUAACGAAUGACAGAACCUGGAAUUAUAAACCAGCAGGAGCGAAGGAUAUUCCUGAAGAUUUCCGCGUAUAUUUACGCAAAAACUCGGUCAACCCAUUCGGCAUGUUUGGUUCAAAAUCAACCGGUGAACCACCGCUUUGUAUGAGUUGUGUAAUUCCGACAGCGAUCCGCAAAGCAUUGAAUUCCGCUAGAGCGGAUGCAGGGAAUAUGGAUGAGUGGUAUCAACUGGAUGGACCGUGUACUACAGAACGUAUACUUCUAACCAGUUUAACCAGCAAAAAUGACAUGGUGCUUUCCCAAACAGCACAUGAUUUUGAGCUGGUUCCGCGGGAUAUCGAAGAAGUAUAUUGCGUACAUUCUCAGAAUGACAUUCAAAAUACGUACUGCGACGUACAAUAG